AUGGCGGCGGCUGUGACCUUCUGUAGGCAACUCGGCCGGAGCGGCAUCGCCGCGCUUAGUCUGCCCCGAAGCGUCAGGUGUUUCGGGGUGCGCAUCGCACCGACCGGAGAGAAGGUCACGCACACCGGCCAGGUUUAUGAUGAUCAAGAUUAUAGGAAAAUUCGAUUUAUAGGUCGUCAGAAAGAGGUGAAUGAGAACUUUGCCAUUGAUUUGAUAGCCGAGCAGCCCGUGAGUGAAGUGCAGAGUCGCAUAGUGUCAUGUGAUGGCGGUGGGGGGGCUCUCGGUCACCCGAAAGUCUACAUAAAUUUGGACAAAGAAACAAAAACUGGAACUUGCGGUUACUGUGGCCUCCAGUUCAAGCAGCACCAUCACUAG